UCGCUUGUAGAACAAGCCACCCGUCCUCGAUAUCCUUCCAAAACACCGUCUUUUUGACCUUCAUAUCCAAGCAAAAUGAUUGCUAGAACCGGACUCGUUUUGGCUAUGGCCGCUGCUGGUGCCCAUGCCCAUUGUGGAUGGACUGGGUUCUAUGUCAAUGGUGUCUCUGUGCCAUAGGGUGACGGAACGGCCAUGCGAAUGUCAAACAUCCUUAAGGAGGCCAACUUCCCAGUCAGCCCUACCAGCGAGGAUGUAGCCUGCAACGUGAACGGAAAGAAUGGUGUUUCCCGAACUGCUCCCGUCAAGGAUGGCGAUACGCUUUCUUUCGAGUGCCGCUCAAACAUGCCCGAUGUGACGAAUACCGGUGGUGACGGUCCUAUCGCCGUUGGACAUUAUGGACCAUGCGCUAUCUAUGCCAAGAAAGUUGACUCCGCCAUCGAGGAUCAAGGUGUCGGUCCCGGUUGGUUCAAGCUCUGGGAGGACGGCUACGAUGAGUCCUCCGGAAAAUGGUGUAACGAGCGCUUCAUCGAAUCUGGUGGCCUCCUCUCGGUGACUCUCCCCCAAGGCCUCCAAGGCGGCGACUACCUGUUCCGCCCCGAGAUCCUCGCGCUGCACAACGCCAACCAAGGCGACCCGCAAUUCUUCACCGGCUGCGCCCAAGUGCACCUCGAAUCUACCGGCAACCUCGUCGCGAAAGACACCGUCAGCAUCCCCGGCUGGGUCUCCACCUCUGAUCCCGGCGUCGCCUACGACCUCUAUAAAUACCCCAGCAUGGACCUCCCCUACCCGAUUCCCGGACCACCCAUCGUCGAGCUCGUCCCCGGCGACUCCACGGCCUCCACCUCCUCCGUCCAAACCACCGGCCUCCUCCCCUCUGACUGCAUCCUCGAAAACAACAACUGGUGCGGCAAGGAGGUCCCCACCUACAACACCCAGGACGGCUGCUGGGCCUCUGCCCAGAACUGCUGGGACCAGAACGACGUCUGCUGGGACACCGCCGGCCCUACCGGCGGCCACGGCUGCGAAAUCUGGGGCGAUUACUGCAAGACGCUCGGCGACCUCUGCGAGAACAAGAACUUCAACGGGCCCCCCAACGCCGGAAACGUCCUCACCCCGCAGAAGCGCACCAUCUCCCCCAAGUUCUGGGGCUCCGGCGAGCCGAUCGUCGGUGCGGGCGCACCCUCUGCUACUCCAGUUGCGAAAGCGCCAGUGGCGGGUUCGCAGUCCUCGGCUGCGGCAUCGCCGACUGCGGAUGCGGGAUCGGGAUCCGGAUCGCAAGGAGGAGAGCAGCCGGCCGCGUUGCCGGCGCCAUCGUCAUCGCAGUACUUCGAGCCUGCGCCGAGCAAUGUCGAGCCGGCACAGGGCAAUGCUGCGCCGGCGCCGAGCCAGGGUCCUGUUGAGCCUGCCGCGGUUGACGGUGACGUGGUGACGGUGACGGUGACGGCGUACACGACCGUUGUCGUGGACCAGUUCGUGACGGUGUCAGCGUAGAAGAUGUGGUGGACAGUUGGAAACUUUUGAUAGAGGGUGGUUGGUACUAAGCAUGAUCUCAUGGUGGCGUUGAACCAGGCUUGUAGACAAUCUUUGGUGACUUCAUGUAUGUAUUUUACAGACAUUUUCGAACCGUGCCUCUUUUGUGGAAUCGCAAGUGAUAGACUUUUCAUUUGGACCAGCUCACUUGCAAAUGAUCUGAGGAGUACCACAUAGAAUUGGACCGCAAGGCUGCUCAGCAAUUUUUGGGAAGGGUAUAUUUUAUUUUUUAAACUUGAUUUGCUACGUGACCCACUCGCCAUUCUCCCCCCCUCGGGCGCCGUCCUCCAAACCCCAUCCAUAUGCAUCCUCUCUCCCUCUUAUUA